AUGUCUGCCGACGACCAGCAGUUUUUUCAUGUCGUGCUCGCGCACAUUCCGCCCCAGCUCAAGCAAUACUCCAACCACGUUGCCGAAUACAUAGAUGAAAACGUCGAUCAAGCCGCCAGGAUCCUUCGCGAGACACUUUCACAAGCAACAUGGCUGCCAGACUACGCCAGACCGACUCCCCCCGCGAAACCCGCUGCCACCGUCGUCUCCAUGUCGCGGUUUGAAAACGUUCAGCAUUGGGUGUCACGGCAUAAGAUACUGACGACUCUCAUCGUCCUCACUUGCGGUACAGUCAUUUUCAAAGGAUACCAGACAAGUAGGUCUAUGAGAAAAACGAGAAGGGCCAAACGAGCGAGAAAUGGCGGCCGUACAGAGGUGGUUGUUAUCGCAGGAUCUCCAACCCUGCCCCUGACCAAGUCUUUGUCUCUGGACAUGGAAAGACGCGGCUUCAUUGUCUACAUUGUAUGCAACGCCGCCGAGGAUGAGGGUAUGGUGCACGCCUUGUCCAGACCGGACAUUCGACCCCUCAGAAUCGAUACGACUGAUCCCCCUCAAGCCGGCGCCGCCAUCGAACGCUUCGCAGCCUUUUUGCAAUCUCCUCAAUCCCCCGGGCCUCACAUCAAACCGAAUAGCUUGACUCUGAAGUCCGUCAUCCUAAUCCCCAGUCUACACUACCAAACGUCUCCCAUCGCCACCAUCCCGCCAUCGAGCUUCGCCCAUCUAUUCAACACACAUCUGCUUCAACCAAUCCUCACAAUACAGUCCUUCCUUCCACUGCUUGCAUCACGUCUGCAGCCAGUGGGCGAGAAAUGGGUCCCUCCAAAGGUCCUCGUCUUCACGCCCUCCAUCAUUUCCUCAAUCAACCCGCCAUUCCACGCCCCUGAAGCGACCGUGUGCUCCGCCCUUUCAGCCUUUACCGAAGUUUUGACAGCCGAGCUUCGACCCCUCGAUAUCCCGGUGACGCACAUGCAGCUCGGCACCUUUGACUUUUCCAGCUUCGUGCCCUCGCGGGCGGCCAUCUCCAACCAAGGGCUGAUCUCUGCAGGAAGCCCCCAAGAACCCCUGAGCUGGCCCGAUGGCGCACGACACGUCUACGGACGCAAUUUCGUCGCUCAAACCAGCUCCGCCAUCUCUGGAGGUCGAAUCCGCGGCUUGGAAGGCAGCUCCCUCCGCCGACUCCACAAUGCCGUGUUUGAUGUCAUGGAUGGUUCCGUGACCAGAGACACGGUCCGUAUCGGCCUCGGAUCCAGUGUAUACGGCUUUGUUGGGCGAUGGGUCCCCCGCAGUCUUGUUUCUUGGAUGAUGGGCAUCCGGAAGGUGGACGAGCUGUCGACCUGGAAGAGUAGUUCCUACGACGGCUCGGAGCUCGAAGAAAGCGAGGAUGGCGAGGGGGCGACGACUUCUUCAAACGAAUUCAUUGCGGUUCCCUCUGAGCGCAAUGUAUGGAGUGCUGACGCGACCGAUAGUAGUCUCUUGGUGCCUCCAGUGACGAGUUCUCCCCGAGCGUGA